GGAUCUAUAAGGUCGGCACUAUGAGCCAGAAAUAUUCCCCUCUCCCUCUCCCACUCUCUUGCAAUAUUCCAAUACCUUAACCUCCCAAAACCCAAUCAUUAUUUUUUGCUCCUCAUCAUCAUAAUUCUUGAUUCUUUCUGAACCCAAGAAAGAUUCCAAGAGAACCCAGUGUCACGAAAAAAAAUGUCCUUGGUUUUGUUGUUUCUUUUCUUAAUGACGCUGGUUCCAAAUGGGAAUAGUGUUGGUGUGAACUGGGGAACCCUGGCAACCCACCACCUCCCUGCAAAUAAGGUGGUGAAAAUGCUCCGAGAUAAUGGGUUUGAUAAGUUGAAGCUUUUCGAGUACAAUGAAGAGAUUAUGAUGGCUCUAACUGGGACAGAUAUUGAAGUGAUGAUGGGAAUUCCUAAUAGCAUGUUGAAAGAGAUGAGUGAGGAACCAGGAGCUGCUGCUUCUUGGGUUUAUAAUAACGUUAGUGGUUAUUGCUACGAUGGAGGAGUCAAUAUCAAGUAUGUUGCUGUAGGCAAUGAACCCUUCCUUCAAACAUACAAUGGCACCUAUCUACGGUACACAUUACCAGCCCUCAAAAAUAUCCAGAAAGCCCUUGAUGAAUCUGGGGUUAAGUGUCAGUACAAGGCCACAGUUCCCUUCAAUGCAGACAUCUAUAACUCCCCAGAAUCCAAUCCAGUUCCAUCUGCUGGUGACUUUCGGCCUGAGGUCAAGGACCUUGCAAUUGACAUAAUCGAGUUUCUGUAUUUACAUGAUGCACCUUUCACUGUCAAUAUCUAUCCCUUCCUCAGCCUUUAUAGCGAUUAUAAUUUCCCCAUGGAGUUUGCAUUUUUUGAUGGAGCAAGCAAGCCUCUUAGAGAUGGCUAUAACGUUUACAGAAAUGCAUUUGAUGCAAACCUUGAUACUCUCGUUUAUGCUUUGAGUAAAGCUGGAUUCUCUGACAUGGAGAUCAUAAUUGGAGAAGUUGGCUGGCCAACUGAUGGUGACAAAAACGCCAAUACCCAAAAUGCAAAGAGGUUUAACCAAGGAUUGAUCAAGCAUGCUUUGAGUGGAAUAGGAACCCCAGCUCGGAAAGGAAAGAUUGAAGUUUAUCUAUUCGGCCUCAUCGAUGAAAAUGCUAAAAGCAUUGAACCUGGAGGCUUUGAGAGACAUUGGGGAAUUUUCGAGUUCGAUGGAAAACCAAAAUACCAACUGGAUUUAACAGGUUUGAAAGUUGACAAAGGGCUAACUCCAGUGGAGGAUGUGAAAUACCAACUCAAAAGAUGGUGUGUACUCAACCCUGAAGCAACUGAUUUGGAAGAGUUGCCUGAUAGUAUUAGCUAUGCAUGCGGCUUAUCAGAUUGUACUGCUUUGGGUUAUGGUUCCUCCUGCAAUCACUUAACUGCUGAAGGAAAUGCCUCUUAUGCUUUCAACAUGUACUACCAAGUGAACAACCAGCACCUUUGGGACUGUGAUUUCUCUGGUUUGGCUAUAGUCACUGAUGAUAAUCCAUCUGAGGAAGGUUGCCAAUUCCCAGUCAUGAUAGCUCAUGCUAAUUCUUACAUGCUGUUUCAUGGUGAUCGUUUGGAUGUUUUACUAAGAAUUAUUAUAGGAUUUAUUGUACUAUUUUCAUUUCUGAUAUGAAAGAUCGUAUUAUAAAAAAUAAUUUCCAUACCGAAAAAUGAAAAAGGAAGACUAUAUUCUUUUAGAUA